AUGAAAUUCAUGAAGAAAUUUUACGUUGGGGAAGCUCAAACACAAGUCAACAGAAAUGGUCCUGAGACCCCCUUGAAAUUCAUUUCUGAGAAUCCCAGCUAUAUGGUUGCAAACUCCAACAGCUUUAUUCCAACCUACCUCAACUGUCAUGUAACUGUGAAGAUCGAUGACUCUCUGCAAAAAGAUUUUAAUACACAAAGAUUCUAUCAAGAUCCAAAUGAUGGAGAUGAUGGAGAAGACGAUUACUCGGGUACUAGAAAUGCAGAAGAAAUUAUACGACUUUACCAAAAACAAUUCGAUAGUUCUCGUAAAAAACAAAACAAAGCAAAUCUAACGUCUCUUCCAGUUCCUACUACACCUACAAAAAGAGAUUUAGGUAAAAGAUUGAAGAGAAGCUUGCAUGAAAAUCUUUCUUUCGAGUGGUUUCGUGAUGAUAUCAAAAUUAUCUCAUUGACAAGUAACGAAAGUUCAAUACUCUAUGAUAAAGAGUAUUCUUUGUAUCCCAAUGGAACUCUCAAAUUUGAAGCAUCAAACUCAACAUCCGGUGAAUAUCGUUGCAAAGCAAAAUAUGUUGAUGCUGAGAAGAAAUAUGUGAUAGGACCAAUAGUAUCGCUAGCAACUGUUGUUGAGACAGCAAAUUUGUAUGACGUUGAGUUUUUGAAGGAAAAUUCUAAGAGAAAUAUUACGAUAUUCGAAGGAGAAUCAACUGUUAUAAGCUGUCCUAUUAGCAGCAUACCCAAAGCAAAUUUCUCCUGGUAUUUCAAUAACAACCAAUUAAAUUUCGAUGCAGGCUUAAAGCAGAAAGAUAUCAGACAUUUUCUCCUUUCAAAUGGAAGCUUAUUGAUUGUUGACAGUCGUCAUGCCGACUCUGGAAAAUAUCGUUGUGAUGCCGCAAAUCAAUUCACGAAGAAGUUAUUGCGUACCUCGACUACAACAUUUAAUGUUGAAUCACGUUCUGAUAAUAACUCUAAUUAUGUGAGAGCUUUGCUUCGGAAUCUGCAGAACAAAGUACAGAAAAUUAAAUCAGGAGGGAUUUUAAUUCUUCAUUGUGCUGUUGCUUCCUCUUCUGGUAGGGGACUGAAGCAGAAAAAGAUUUCAUGGACAUUCACACCACGUAGCAGUAGCAUCCCAAUCAUCCUCUCCGAGUACAAUAACGAACUGAAAUUCGUGAAUGUUUCAGUGACAAAGCACGAUGGAAUUUAUAAUUGUUCAACAGAAAACGAUUCUCAGAUCUUCGAUGUAGCCAUCGUAACGCCUCCAAUGUUUCUUCAACCGACCAAAUCGAUGAUUACAUCGGUGUCCGCUAGCAUUAAAUUUAAUUGCAGUGUUACGGGUAAUCCAAUGCCAACGGUCGAAUGGUUUAAAAAUGGUGAACGAUUGGUGAAUAACUACGUACAAUAUUUUGAAUACCCAUGGGUGAAGUUUGAAACAAUUGAUCCAGUGGACGAAGGCCUUUACCAAUGCAUAGCUCGAAAUGAUUAUGGAGAAGUAAGCAACACUUUCUAUCUUCACAUUCGUCCAAUUCUCAUGUUAGUCCAGGCACCACAAAAUCCAAAAUGCUAUCCAAAGGAUAAGAACGUUGUCUUUGUCACGUUUGACAAAGAGAAUCAUUCGAACAGAAUCCAAUAUUUUAUAGCGACUGACUCUCCACGUGAUUUUCACUCGCAAUUAUCUAUCGAGCCUUCAAGUAAGAGUUUCAACAUCGACACAACAAAAGCAGGCAUAUUUAAGCCACUUAAGCCUUUUUAUCUAUUUAUGAGAAGUAUGAUUCCCAGUAACUCAAAAAUGGUCAUCUCACAAUUGUCAAAGCCAAUCAAAUGUGCAACACAAGGCAUUGAAGCAAGAUUCGUUAAACCACCUAGCGGGAUUUUCUUAAGAUGGGACGCGCCACUUACUGACAUUAACAUUACAGGUUACACUAUUCAAUUUCGUAAUAAUCAAACAUCGAAUGCUGUUGUAUUCACUGAUGAAGUUAUCGGAACAUAUGAGAAGUGGCCACUUUAUGUCAGUUGGAACGAUGUUCAGAAUAAUUUGGUAAGAGUUCCCGCCAAAAAUUCUAACAAAACUUCUUGGACAGAAGUGCAAGUACCGGGAAAUGUUACUGGACUUUACAUUAUCAACACUGAAGAAGUGAAUGUUCGGAUUCUUGGAUCUAUCUUAGAAGAUGGUCGUCUUAUGGAUCAAGACUUUCAAUUUUUAAGUUGGACGAACAUCAAAGCAUCAAGCUACAGCUUAGAACCGAUAAGAGUUGGCAAAAUAGAUUCUCGUGGUGCUGAAAUUAUCUGGAGAGACCUUGAAACAAUACAAUGUGCUUACAUUUGCAUGAUCUUAAAGAAGGAAUUCAUAAUUCGUGACUCGGCUGACAAGUUUAAAUGUGACAAAAUAUCCUCACCUAGUGCCAAAACUUUUUAUAUCAAAAACUUGCAACCAACUAGCGACUAUGAUGUUUUCAUCAGAGAUUGUGAUAAAAAUGUCAUCAGCACUCAAGUAAAUUUUCAAACGAAACGUGAUGUUCCUGGUCCCGUUACACAAUCUCACAUCAUAAUUGACAAUGGGAUCAUCCUUCAUUGGAAACCACCUCAUAAUCCCAACGGGGAAAUAUCUCACUAUCUGCUUGAAUGGACAUUUAAAAACGUUUCCUGUAGUCAAAAUGUAACCGAUCUCAAGUUUAGAUUCCCCAAUACUACAAACACGGAUAGAUUUAACAUAACAGUGAAAGCAUUCGGAGUUGCAGGUCUCGGCUAUCCGUUGAUUAUUAAUCCAGAUAAAUGGGGAAUUUUGCCAACAAAUAUGAUUGGAAAUGAAAAACAAAAACCAAUACUUUAUCUAGACUUGUUUAUGAUUUUUUCAAUUAUUCUCGUGUUGAUUAUCUUGACAGGAUUCUUAAUCUCUUAUAUUUUAUGUCGACGACAUCGAUACUGCAAAAAUAAUAAUGCUAUUAACAAUACAAGCGAACAAUCUUCAUUUCCACCUUCAACAGCACCACUCACUGAAAAUAUUCGCGGAGAUGAUAUGUAUGAAAUGCAAACCCUCAUUCCAUCAUCCCACAUUGCUAACGGCAAAGAUAACGUGACUAAAGCAGAGAGUGCUUCGAAUAGCGGAUUAAAUGUCAACGAGAAUCAGAAAAUCCUGCGUACAUCAACACCAACUGACGACUCAAUCGAUCAAAUGUGCAUUGAAUUGCCGCUGAUAAAAUGUGAUGAAAAUGCCAUUAUGUUACCAAUAGACGAUGCAAAUUCGAAUAAGUUUUCAACCACGUUUAAUUCAAAGACAUCUGCAAUGACGGAGCAGGAAAGUUUAAAAGCUAGUUUACCAAGAGCUAAUGGAAAUUUGAGUCCACACAAAAGCUUUCAGUCUUCUGAAAAUGAUCAAAACACCUCGUCGACUUCAUCUUCCUUUGACAGUCACCGUCAGCUUAUCGACAUGAAUUUAUGUAACGGUAUAAACAGCAACGGUUACAAUAAUAACGUCAAUGCCAAUGUCAAUGGCAACGAUAGAAGUAAAAUAGGCAAGUCAAGUAGCAUAGAAACCGAUAACGAAGAAGAAGAUUCCGAAGAAAACUUACAAGAAUACGAUUUAAAUGAUAGUAAUUUAAGCAGCAAACCUUUACAUCCAAUGACGUGGGACUUUCGUCGUCCCCUUGUCGGUCCCAACGGAUAAAAAUAAAAACAAUAUUUUGUUUUUAAGAUAGCCAUGACAGUCGUAAACGUACGUCACUCACGAGUUUGUUUUUCUUUUAUUAUAUUCAUAAUUCAUGGAAUCAGACAAAACUUUACACAAUUUAUAUUUUUUUAUAUCUAUACAGUGGACUCUCGUUAUAAUUUUUCUCUCGU